CUCUGUGAAAAACUGAAGCUCAGAGAAGUUAAUUUGACCAAGUGACCAAGUUGGAUGAAAAUUCAGUUCUAUCAGGAAGGCUUCCUUGUCUUGGACUCAAGGCUACAAGAAAGAAGUUAAGCUUGACUUCGCAUCAUUGAGUGGGAAGAGCAGCAGCCCAGCUAACAUGUUCUAAUAUGUAAUAGACUUCAGCUUGUGGUGUGUACUUAGCAACAGCUAAGGGGCAGAGGGAUAAACAAGUUUGUAGGAGCUGAUCAGUUCAUGAGGUCUGGGGGAGGAUAUCCACUGCUUACUGGGUUGUGAGGCUAGAGCCAGGCCUCACUAAAGGACACAUUACCUUACCGGCCACCACCUUUGUUCACAGCUCAAUGGAGUUUCUGACAGCCCUGGCAGACUUUCAAGCAGGAGCUAGCUGUCCCAUCUGUUCAGACUACUUGAAAGACCCAGUGACCAUUAACUGUGGUCAUAACUUCUGUCUCUCCUGCAUUAGUAUGUCAUGGAAGGAUCUAACUGAUACUUUCCCCUGCCCCUUUUGCCGAUUUUGCUGUCUAGAAAAGAAAUUUGCAAGCAACCCCCAGCUGGGCAAUUUGACUGAAAUUGCUAAGCUACUCCAGAUAAGAAGAAGCAAGAGGAAGAGACAAGAAGAGAAGGUUUUAUGUAAAAAGCACAAUCAGGUUUUGACUUUUUUCUGUCAGAAGGACUUAGAGGUUUUAUGUCCACAGUGCAGUUUCUCUGACGAUCACCGGAAACAUUAUGUUUGGCCCAUAGAGAAGGCCGCCCCCUAUCAUCGGCAAAGAUUGGGGUAUUGCCUUGAACCAUGGAAAGAUAGAGUGGAACAAAUUGAAAAGGUGAUAACUAUGCAAACCAGAAAAUCACUGGAACUGAAGAAGAAGGUAGAAAAUAGGAGAGAAGAAAUAAGGUCUGAAUUUGAGCAACUUAUGUUGUUUCUCCAAAGUGAACAAGAAACUGUUCUUCGGCAAUUACAAGAUGAAGAAAUGAAUAUUUUAACAAAACUAAAUGAAAAUAUAGCAAAAUUUUCAGAUCAUGUUUCCACAUUAAAAUAUCUAUUAAAGGAGAUAGACAGCAAAUAUGUGAAGUCAAAACUGGAGUUCCUGACAGAUGUUAAAAGUAUCUACCAUAGAUAUAAAACCUUAAAGGCCCCUGAACCUUUUUCAUUCCAGUUAGAAGAAUAUGUUUACCAUUUUCCUCCACAAUAUUCUGGCCUAAACAAAAUUAUCAAGCAUUUUAAAGUUGAUGUGUUUCUAGAUCCUGAAACAGCACAUCGUAAACUUAUUGUUUCAGAUGAUCGAAAAACUGUACGAUAUGGAAAUAGAAUGCAACACUUACCUCGUAACUCAAAGAGAUUUUAUCUCUGCCCAGUUGUUCUGGGUUCUGAGGGAUAUGAUUCAGGCAGACAGUAUUGGGAGGUAGAAGUGAAAGACAAGACUGAAUGGGCCUUGGGUGUCUGUAAAGACUCCAUUCCCAGAAGAAGAAAGAGUCAGAAUCCUUCGAUUUUAUUAGAGGAUGGGUUGUGGUGUAUCAGGCGAGGCGGUCCAAUUAAUUACGCUGCACUGGGUCCUAAAAAAGUUAAUUUUCUGCCAAAAGUAAUACCUAGUAAGAUUGGCAUAUUUUUAGACUAUGAAUUGGGUGAGAUUUCCUUUUACAACUUGAAUGAUAGAUCUCUUCUUCACGUUUUUAAUGAUUAUUUUACAGGAGCACUUUGGCCCUAUUUCCAUACUGGAACUGACUCAAAACCUCUUAAAAUCUGUACAGUAACAGAGUUUGAAUAAUGAGCUAUUGGGAGACUUGUUUAUCUAUUUACCUUAAUAACACUCUGUAAUGUGCUUUGUCCUUUUUUUUAUUGUCUUUAUCAGUUUUGAUGUAGUACAGUGAAAAAUGAGAUAGUGAUCUCACCAUAUAUACUUAUGUAUGCACACACAAUCAAUAGAUAAUCUUCCCUCUGUUUCUUUUUGAACAUGUACCCUCUCUGUUCAGCUGCCGUCCCUCACCUCAUUGGGAAACUGACCUUUUUUCUCGAAAUCCCUGUGAUUAGUUUUUUUUUUUCCUUAGGCUUACUCUAUUCAAGGAAUCACAUCUCAACAAUAUUGGGGCUUCUAAUCCAUGAACUCAUUUAUUUGGGUCUUCAAAUUCUCUCUGCAAUUUUUGUAGUUUUUAGUAUAUCUGACUUUAACAUUUUGGGGUAGAUUUACCCCUAGUUAGAAUCCAUUGGAUUUUCUGUAGAGGUGCCCAUGCCAUUUGUAAAUAGACUUUCACUUUUUCAUUUACAAUCUAGGUUCUUUUUCUUUCCUUGCUUAUUUGCACUGACUAGGACCUCUAGCACAGGGUUGCUUCUUACUUUGAUUGGGUUUAUCCAUCAUUUUACUGCUCACAUUGACUCAAUUUCUAUACUUUUUUCUGUUGUUACUUUUAUUACCUAACGUUGAUAGUUCUCAGUCUUCACUUAAAAUAAUCUGUUUAAUACUGUCCAUUCAAUAUUACCUAACCAUUUCCCCACUGAUGGGUAUAUAUUCAAGUCAUGUCUAACUUUUGCAAAUAAUGUACAUUGAUUAUAUAUUUAUACUUUUCAAUUGUGGACCAUAAUGAAAAAAAAGACACCUACAUAACCAUGACCCAACACUAACAUCACCUUUGAACUUUGUGCUUCUUCUCAGCCCCAGUCUCUUCUGGGUUCUAUUCAGUUCCCUUCACCAUUCUUAAUUAGGCAUUCCCUUGUUCUAACUUUUUACCAUAUAUCUCUCUAUCCCUAAAUAAUGUUUAGUUCCACAUGUUUUUGAGUUUUACAUAAAAUCAACACUGGAUUAAUCUGUCAGGUAUUUUCCCCCCCCACUCAUGUUCAUGAGAUUCAUCAUGCUUUUGCUUAAGGUUUUAUUUGUUUUCACUCUACUUCUGAUGGAUGCUCAGUUUGAAACUAUGAAAAUUAUACAUCUGGUUUCUUUGUAGAGUGAGUUGCUGGAUCUUCAUCUUUAUUGGAUAAUGCAAUUUUUCACCAAAGUGUUGUGCCACUUUACACUCCUACACAGUGUAUAAAUGUCUUCAUUGCUCUGCACUAACAGUUCCAUUUUAACAAAUUCUUUACUAAUUUGCAAGAUGUUAAAUGUUAUCUCUGGUUAUAAUUAUUUCUAUGAUUUCUAAUAGAGUAUUUCUCCAUAAGUUUAACAAUCAUCCCUGUUUCUUCCCUAUAAAGUACCUGUUCUUUUUUUUUCUUUGUUUUUCUUUUUUUUUUAAUUGUCUUGCUAAGAUCAGCAAUGAACUCAUUUUUUUAAAUU